AACAAAAACAAAAACGCAUUUUUCAGUCACAAAGUGUAGUCCAAUCCAGUCUUUUUCCUUAAAACCAAUUCUCCCCCUCCUCCUGCUCCUCCAAGUUUCUCUCGCUCUCUCUGAUUGAUGACCACUUUGAACCCAUUUUUACUUCACUGAACCACUUUAGAAUACAAAGAAAUGCAGCAGUUUUCAUUUUUUUUUCUUGCACAUAGAUUUAUAUAAGGUGUUUAGUCACAGGGUUUAGAGGUUAGUUGGAUUUAAUUGAAAAUUUUGAACUUUUUUUAUUUUUUAUUUUCUAAAUAAUGGCUAGGCGACAUGGAUGGCAACUCCCUGUUCAUACUUUUCAGAUUGUGGCUAUUACAGUUUUCUUCGUGCUAUCUGUUGCAUUCUAUGCCUUUUUCGCUCCCUUUCUUGGGAAGGUCAUUUAUGAAUAUGUGGCUAUUGGUGUUUAUUCUGUAUUGGCGCUCUCCGUAUUUAUUCUUUAUGUACGAUGCACUGCAAUUGAUCCGGCCGAUCCUGGAAUUCUACUAGAAGAUGAUGAGACAGCAGGCCAUAAAUCAGAAAAUGACACAGAUCUGCCUGGAAACUCUGCUGAAGAACCUAGCAAAAUAAGGUUAAAAAAUGGAGGGAAAUCCUAUAAAUACGGUUCAAGUUGGUGUUCAAGACUUGGAGGUUUCUUUUGCUGUUUUCUUGUGAAACAAGAUUGCCGUAAAGAUGAAGAUAUUCUACAGGAAGAAUCUGGAGAGGAUGCUUUGUUCUGUACACUGUGCAAUGCCGAGGUGCAGGUUUAUUCCAUAAGGUUUUAUUUUUAUUGCUUGGGAUAGAGUUCCUUUUUAUGUGGAAUCCCCUGCCCACAAACCAUGCACACACAAAAACGAAGGAAAGGGGAAAAUAUGGGUAAAAGGUAGAAGGAAAG